CUUUGGGGUGUUCAGUGUGUGAUGGGGCCAAAGAAUCGAUUUUAGGAGGGUGGGAUUUGGUGAGCGCUGGCACACGGGGUGGAUUCUGCCUAUCCCCUGUGGAUCCAGCCCUGCGCUAAAUCACUCUGACAUGCUGAGAGAUGGUGCAGUUUGCCGACACCGUUUCAGCAAGAUGCUUGGGACUCACUGAGCGCCCAAGCCACCGUGCAGGUGGUUUAUAUUCAUGCUGGGCAAGUUAUUUCUGUAAUCCCCAUGCGGGUGUUAGCGUGUGGCUGGGUGGGUUUGGUCUCCAGGUGCUUAUGUAUGUGCUGUCUGUGUGGAAGGACCCGGUAGAGCUGCAGGGAGAUCUUUGCCAACGGUUUGGGUGCCUGGGGUCACCAUCCCAACAUGGCAUGUGCUCUGCUGGGGUGUCCAGCAGGGGUGGGUUUGGCCAUCCAUGGGUGCUGCUGGUCCCUGUCCUGUAGGUCAGGAGUGGCUGGAGGGCGCUGGGGGCUCCCCGCUGCAUCUGUCUCUUGUGGAGGACCCCUCCCUUGAAGCCAGGGUGACAUCUUCCAUCAGCCUUUCGCUGCUGUCCGGAGGAUGCUGGGAUGCUCCUGGGUUUGCAGAGCUGCUGCCGCUCAAGGACCAUUGUGGGAUGUAGGCUGUGCCGGCGAGGGAUGCUCGGAGGUGGGAUACAGCGUUCCGCUGGGAUGGAUGGUGCAGGGGUGCAUCGUGAUGCAAGGCAGGCUGUUUGAAAGAGGAGGAGGACUCUCCUCCCGACACCACGCCUGUAAGACCGUAACAACAACCCUACGGAGAGAUUUCUCCUUUUCUUUGGAGUUGGUUUGGUUUCCUUUUAUUGCAAAUCAACCUAAACCCCCGAGCCGCAUCCAGCCUGGCUUUUGCUCUCUCCCAGCUUGGGAGGUGAUUUUAACCACGGGAGACUGGUGCCGGUGAUGGAGCGCCGACGGACGGACAGACGGACGGCUGCCGUGCUCCAGGGGAAGAGAGGAUGGCCUCAUAGAUCCCACCAAGCUCCUGCCUGGACCAAGAGGACGGACCGAGCGCGAGGUUUCGAAGGAAGAAAAAAGUCUCCCUGCUUCCCUGGCUGGUGUUUGCGUGUGCAUUAAGCUCGUGGUGUCCCUGCCCCAGGCCAGGAUGGUUGGAUCCAAAGCGUUGGAGGUUCCUCAAGUGCCCAGCGGGAGCCGCGAUGAGAGCUCCGGCCCUCGCCUGAUGCCUCUCCUGCUGAUAAAAAUGCUCAACAAGUCUCGAGGGAAGCUACUCGGGGUGCUGGCGCUGUUUCUGGUGAUGGUUUGGUACUCGAUCUACCGGGAAGACAGGUACAUACAGCUCUUUUAUUUCCCUGUGCAAGAGAACAAAACGAUGUGUCCCCUCGGGGAGGUGGAAAAGAAAGCGCCACAGCUCAUCGGGAACUACACGAGGGACCACCCGCUCUUCUUGCAGCUGAAGGACUAUUUCUGGGUGAAGACGCCGUCGCUCUAUGAGCUGCCUUACGGCACGAAAGGAAGCGAAGAUGCCCUCCUGCGCUUGCUGUCCAUCACCCACUACUCUGUGCCUGAGAACAUCCAGAGUCUGAAGUGCCGGAGGUGUGCGGUGGUGGGCAACGGCCACCGGCUCCGCAACAGCUCCAUGGGGGAGACCAUCAACACGUACGAUGUUGUGAUCAGGUUGAACAACGCCCCAGUCCAUGGUUAUGAGCAGGAUGUGGGCUCCAAGACCACCAUGCGCCUCUUCUACCCGGAGUCAGCCCACUUCAACCCUAGGACGGAGAAUAACCCUGACACAUUGCUGGUGCUGGUACCCUUCAAGCCCAUGGACUUCCAGUGGAUGGAGGCCAUUCUCAACGACAAGAAGAGGGUUCGGAAGGGGUUUUGGAAACAGCCCCCAUUGAUCUGGGAUGCUGACCCAGAGCAAGUGCGCAUCCUCAACCCUUAUUUUAUGGAAGUAACUGCUGCUAAACUACUUAACCUUCCCAUGAAGCAACCACGGAAGGUCAAACAGAAGCCCACUACAGGGCUGCUGGCCAUCACCUUGGCACUACACUUCUGUGACCUGGUGCAUAUCGCGGGCUUUGGCUAUCCUGACUCGGCCAACAAGAAGCAGACCAUUCACUACUACGAACAGAUCACGCUCAAAUCCAUGGCGGCGUCGGAGCACAAUGUCUCGCAUGAGGCGGUGGCCAUCAAGCGGAUGCUGGAGCUGGGUCUCAUCAAGAACCUCACCUACUUCUGAGGGCACUGGAGCUGCGCAGGGACACCGUCCCCAGCCACGGAGCAGGAGACACUGAACUGGCACGGCUGCAGCUGGGCGAGGGCAGAGCAUCCUUGUCACCACCGCCACCUCACGCUGGGACUCUGGGAGCAAACAGGGAUGGGGGGGCUGUGGUGGACUGUGGGUCCUCCAGAAUCUGGGGGCGCAGGGAGCCCCGCGGGGCUGUGCCACGGCAUCACAGCCGGCGCCUUUUCUGACCGACGCACUGGAGCUACCAAGGACCUGCAGGGGAUUUUUGGGAUUGGGAGUCCUCCCUCCCAGCGGGCCUGGGGGGGCAAGGGGUCUGCAGGAGCCCUUGCCUUGGGCUUUCCCUUUCCCUUAACUCCCUCGUAUUUGGACGAGAGCCCUGCUGAGGGGCUGAUCCUGGGGGUCCGGGGACUCCCCCCAAGGGAGCAGGAGCCUUUGGGGGUCUCCUUGCCCUGGGCCCCCUCCCAGUAUUUAAUUCCCCCACUUCCUUUUUUUAAUUCCCUUUUUACUCGGCGGCCCCAUCAUGUGCCUUAGCG